CGACGCAACCACCGGCUCAGUGAUAAAGCUGAGGCCUUGGAACUUCUCAUUACACAAGUUUAAACUAAAGCAGUUAUUUAGUAUAAAAUGUUAACUGCUAUCGGUCAAAUUAUCAGUCACUUGUUUCCAUUCUAGCGAUACAGUGGAAACAUGAGAAGUUUAAUUUUAUGUGGUGUCGUAUUAGCGGCGCUGACUUAUGUCAGCUGCCGUGAAGUGUCACGAGAAAAGCGCGACACUGACUUAGAAGAAGCCGCCAGCCAUCAUGGUGGAAAAUGGGACAAAGGUGGAGGCCAUGAGCAUCAUGAGCAUCACCAUCAUGAUCACGGUGAUAAGGGGCACAAAGGUUACAAGGGUCAUCAUCAUCAUGAACACGGCAAAAAGGGCCAUCACCACCACGAAGGACACAAAGGUCAUCACGAUGAGCACGGUGGACACAAGAAGCACCAUCAUCAUGAUGACGGUCAUCAUCAUGAGCACCAUCAUGGUGAAAAGGGACACAAGGGUCACGGUCACCACGAAGAAGGACAUUAUCAUAAGGGACAUUCAACUAAGGGUCAUCAUGGUGUACACAAGCAUGAUGAAUUCAAAAAGGAAAAACACUUCCACGAUCACCAUCACGACGGCGGACACCACGAGCACCAUGGCGGACAUCACGAAGAACAUGGACACAAGAAGGGCGGCGGUUUCCACAAAGGACAUAAGCACGGUGGACACCAUCAUCACGAGCACGGCAAGAAAGGUCACCAUGAGAAGGGAGGACACCAUCACGAUCACAAGGGUCAUCACGGUGAAGAUGGUCAUCAUGAGCAUCAUCAUCAUCAUCAUGACCAUGGAAAGAAGGGCGGUCAUGAGGACCACAAGCACUGGGGUUACAAGAAGGGACACAAAUAA